AUGUCUUGUUCAUUAGAUCAACUUUCCUCAUAUCUAGAUGAUAACCAAAAAAAUAUUACACGCAGAUAUUUUAAUGAUGAUUCGAAGUUUAAUUUGGUUAAAAGAAAGGGUAUUUUCCCUUAUGAGUAUUUAGACAGUUGGGAGAAGUUACAGGUCACUUGUCUUCCAUCUAUUGACGAUUUUUAUAGUAAAGUCAAUAACGAGGGAAUUACUAAAGAGGACUAUCAACAUGCCUGCAACGUUUGGACUAGAUUUCAGAUAAAAAACCUGCAGGAAUACGCAGAAUUGUAUUUAAAAACAGACGUACUACUUUUGGCUGAUAUUUUUGAGAAUUUUCGAUCUAUGUGUUUAAAAACUUAUGGAUUAGAUAGUCUUCAUUAUUAUACUUUACCAGGAUUAGCCUUUGAUGCUAUGUUAAAAGUAACCAAUAUCGAAUUGGAAUUAUUAAGAGAGAGUGAGAUGGUUUUGUUUUUUGAAAAAGCAAAACGAGGAGGAGUUUCACAAUGUAGUAAUAGAUAUGGAGAAGCUAAUAAUAAAUAUAUGAAAGAUAAAUACAAUCCUGAUAAAGAAGUCUCUUAUCUAAUAUAUUGGGAUUUUAAUAAUCUUUAUGGUACAGCGAUGAGUUACGCGUUGCCAUAUGCAGGCUUUGAAUGGAUUAAUUUGACUGAUAUUUAUAAGGAAAACAUAUUAGAUUGUCCCAAUGAUGGAGAAUAUGGAUACAUACUUGAGAUAGACAUCGAAUAUCCAAAAGAACUUUUUAAUUUACAUAAAGAUUUGCCUCUUUGUCCUGAACACAUAAUCCCACCAUCUUCUAAUUCAACAAUUCCUAAAUUAUUAACCACAUUGUACGAUAAAAAAAAAUAUGUUAUUCAUUAUAUAUAUUUGAAACAGAUUGUUAGCUUAGAUCAAGCAAAAUUGUUAUAUACCGAUACAGAUAGUUUAAUAUAUCAGUUUUUUGUUGAUGAUUUAUAUAAACAUAUUAAAGAAGAUAUUGACAAAUUUGACACAUCAGACUACAAAGAGGAUAAUGUAUAUUGUAUUCCAGUACGGAAUAAAAAAGUAUUAGGUCUCAUGAAAGAUGAGAACCAAGGGGAAUUGAUGACACACUUCAUAGGAUUACGUUCGAAAAUGUACACUAUGAAAAUUUUAAAUCAGCAAGCGGAAAUAAAAAAGGCUAAAGGAAUCAAAAAAUCUGCAUUAAAAGAACUGUCAUAUGAUGAUUAUUAUGCAAGUUUAUUUAAUAAACCCUUAAUCCAUCGAGCAUUACCAGCUUCUGGUGUGGGUGUACUUAAAAUUAAAGAAGAGAUUUUGUCCGAUGAAGAUUUUAAUUACAGAAAAAAUUACAAUGCCCAAAUACCAGAUGACCAUCCACUACACAGAGACGACUUAAUUUGGGCCCGGUACAUUGAUCAGGUGACGUGGUCGUAUUGGAUGGAUAUUAAAACAACCUUAUGGAACGACAUAGCUGUGUAUCACUAUUAUGAAUUAAACUAUCUUGUAUAA